UUUUGUUGGUUUCACCGGAAGUUAGAUAGAAGAAGGGCGGGGUCAACGGAGGAUGUUGUUGUUAGCCAUAGGGUUGUUAGCUUUAGCGAUGGAGAAGAAAAAGCCAAAAUUGCAAAGUUGGAUUUUAUAAAGUAAUGGGCUGCUGAGUUACAUCUGUAUUCAAAAUGGCCAAGAACAGAAAGUGCAUACUCUGUGAGACUGUCUAUGUCUCCAGACAGGAAAUGGAGGAACACAUGAGAAGUAUGCUGCACCACAGAGAGCUGGAAAAACUCAAAGGAAGGGACUGCGGACAUGAGUGCAGGGUCUGUAAGAUUACCGUAGUGAGCCUAACAGACUAUGCUAGCCACAUCUCAAGCCCCACGCACAAACAAAAUGUGGAGGAUUUUGAACGCAUCCCAGCUCGCAACACGUCCAAUGAGGAGUACUUCGAUAAGGCCCUGGUGGAGCUCAUCGAGAAGAGAAACGAGCAGAUAAGGUAAGAGAGUGAU